AAGGACACGGUGGAUGAAGUGUCGGUUUAUCCAUUCAUUUCCACAUAUUCCAGUUCUGUACCAUACCUUACCUCUUGUGUCACUCCUUUUCUUCUUCUCUCACCGUUUUCCCACCACUUCCAUCUUCAUUCACCGUGCUUUCGACACUCCUUCAGGAAAAAAUCCUUAACUUCACCUACCCUUUCGCUUCUUUCGUUCAUUUCUUAGGCCACCAAGCACAAUUAUUUCUUUAUUCAGAGUUCAUGGAAGCUUUAGAGGGUAAAUCUUCGUCUGGGUAUGGCAAGCCUCCGUGGGUAUUUAGAGGCAGUGCGUGGUAUCAACUCCACCUUGUGAAGGCAGAGAAAGCUCGAGCAUGCAUUCCAAAAGAAUUUAAAUUGGUUGAAGCUUUUGGGUACACUCUAGGUGGCUUCUUUCUAGCCAGUUAUGAGGACAGUCCCGUUGGAGUCUUUGAUGAGCUUGUUGUGAUUGCAGGACUUGUAUGGAACCGCCCAACAUCCUGCGCAUGGGCAUCGAGAGUGUACGUGAAUAACGAUGAGGCUUGUUGUCACGGAAGAAAGGAGGUGGGGCUACCAAGUCAGAUGGCUAGGUUUUCCAAGACAAUUAAAGCAAUCUCAAAACAACCGAGGGGCAGAAGGAGUGGAUUUUUUAAUAUGACUGGAAUUGAUGCCAAGUCCUCCAAUCCAACGGAUCACCUGAAUGUUCAAGUAACCAAAAUCAAAUGUCUUGAUGCAGAAGAUACUUGUAAUAUUAAUAUUAGUCUCACCAGUCCAGUGCCUGCAUUGAGCUCUGGCCACUGGAUGGGGCCAACAAUCAGAAUGACACUACCAAGUUUUAGUGGUGGUACAGAAUAUAAUCCUAAUCUCCUAAAGUACUCUUGCCAGAUGGAAUGCAGGGUGCAAGCAUUGCAACCGUUGAAGGUUUCGGGAGCGUUCCCUUCAACAAAUGAUGACAAUGAACAAUCUUUAGAAGGGUGUGGAGGCAUUAGCAAUGAGGCUGAAGAUCAUAGAAAUGAUGGACAAAAUUUCAGCACUUGUGUGAUGUUAUCAAAACCCAUAUUAGCACUCAAGUUUAGUCAAAUGAAGAUGCAGGUUCAAGCUCCCAUUGUACUUUCCCACUACUCAAAUUCUUUACAAACUACGGUCAGUUCUGUUCCAUAAAGCAGCUCAGUUUUGCAAAUGCAGAACUGAUUAUUUGUUUUGAGAUUUUUUGCUGUAACAAUUAUUUAUUAAUGUAAUUCCCCUCUACUUUUUUGCUAUCUUGUAGCUUCAACUUUUCAGAGCUAACAAAAGAAAGAAACACAUAAUAGAAACUUAUUCUAAUAUAUUACCGAUUAUCAAAAUUAAGAGCAGGCAAUAUCUUCCGAAUUUGCAUUAAAAUGUAAUAUAUAUAUUUUUUCUCAAUAAAAAUAUAAUAUUUUAGAUGUUUGAACUCAGCCUAAUAACACCGUUGAAAAAAGUAAAAUAAAACAGACGUGCUAAUUUUGUUUUUACUAAGGGUACUGGAUAGAGGAUCUAGUUGCCUAAAUAAAGGCAUAGUUUUAUCCAUGAUCUUACCGAACCUUUAUGAGCCCAAAAGCCCGUUAGAUUGUUUAAGGUAAAAGAUGUAGGUGAAGGUGUUGAUUCAAUGAUGAGGGGAAUGUGAAAUAUACGCAUAGGCACUAUAUAUAUAUAUAUAUUCUAACAAAAUAAUGAUGUAUGGAAAGUGUGUAUCUGAUGAUAGAAACUUGUUUAUCUGCGGGUAAGUCAUGAUUCUUAACCGCUGAAUAUUCUAUCACAGAAGGUGUGAGUUGGGGGCUUAAAUUAUCUGCUUUUGGACGCAGGAAAUAUUGUAAGGAAGGUACAUUGGACUUUAGAGUGCCUUAAAUGCUCCUUGGCCCAAUAAAAUAUUUUGUGCAUGUUUAGAUUUACAUACUUGUUGACAGAAACAAACGAUUAAUGUGGGUCCAAUUCACACCAUAAUGAGUGUUUCAAGGUUGAAAAAUUAGUAAACAUGAAUUUAACAUAAAAAGUUACGACUGAUGGCAUUUAAGUAAAUAUGAAUAUAUAGUCAUUUAAAGGUGAAUUUAAACACACAAAAAAUAACUUCUAUCCAUUGUUGUAGUUACACAGUUUUUUACGGUAAAUCCGAACACCUACUUAGAGAACCAAAUGGCAUAACUUGUUCACACCAAGAACAGUACACUAACAUGUAAAAACAUGUUAUCUGCAUUCUAGUUUUUACUUUCCCUUUCCUACAUCUUUUCUAUUCCUCACUUUUCACAGCCAUAAAUUCCAUCCUAUAUGAUUUAAAUUUUCUAAGCUCAAAUUCUGUCAUUCCAUUAUCUUCUUGUCGUAGAAUUCAUUGGUCUUAGCUGCUGUAAGGAGGAGGGACAUAUUUAUGUGGCAAAUAGCACAGUACCUGUGAAAAGAAAAAACACAACACAGGAAACAAAAACAAAAAAUUAGCCAAAUAGAAUGUCAUUUGCAAUAAAAUACUAAAAUGCUAUUCUAAGAGAGAAACAAAGUUCUCAUAAAUAAAUUGACACGUAACAUAACUGAACAGUUUUAUUAUAACUUCAUAUGGGUAACAUAUUUUUACCUAGACUAGAGUGAAGAUACUAUCACUAAAUAAGUAGUUAGUUUUGUUUUCAGUUUUUUUUAUUGUUCUUACUUUUUAAUUACAACUAUUUAGUUUUCUUUUUUUUAAAGGAAAGGAGUUGAUACUGAGUAGACGUAAAAAGGAUGCCUAAUGUUUAUCUUGCGUCACUUUCCCCUUACAUUUCUUUUGUGCUCUUUGUAACAUGUUUAUGUCGCAUAUAAAACUGUUUUAUAUGUAUGUUCGAUCGGUUUUUAGAUAACGGAUUAUAUUUAGUGAGAUAAGGCUUAUAUUGUUAUUGUAUUUUAUUUUCAGAUAAUAUUUGUUUAUGUUUUUAAUUAGAUGAAUAACUUGUAAAUUUAAUUUUAUUAUAAACAAAAAAAGUCAUGGAUGAAAAGCACAACCUACCUGAAUUAUUUAACCAUGGCCAUGAUACUCUGUAGCGUGAAAAAGUAACAAAACAAGUAAUAUUCAAGAAAUGUUCGCAUGCCUUAACAUUGGUUAAUUUUAAUGAGGUUGUCAUCUUAAACAUUCUUUAGACGAGGAAUGAAACAAGGAAGAAAAAAAUAAAAUAAAAUAAUGAAUUGGAUAAUAAUAAUAAUUAUUAGGGUGAUGUAAUAUUUUGACAUUCCUUAAAAGGGCGUCUUUUGGGUGUAAGAAAAAAGGAG